UGCGUGCUGUGUUGCGGUUUUGUGAUACUUUUUUUCGUAAAACUUUUGCAAUAAAUAGUCAAGAACUUUUAAAAAUUAUCUUUGAAUUAAAGUGUUAGUUAAUUAUAACAGUUUAUAUCAAGAUGUCGCAAGGCAAUAGCCCUAGUACGCUAAGUUAUCUGAGACAGUAUAGGUUCCAACGAAAACCGACCGUUCAGGGUUCUGGUGGUUUGGUUACAGUCCAAGCCUCUGCAUCAAGUUCUCAAGCUCAUGUAAGAAUGCCAGCACCAAACAUGUCUAUGGUCGGCAACAGAGUUCCAGUGGUAUACAAACGCAUUAGAUUGGCAGAUUCAGACUCUGAUGAUAGCCAGACCCCGGUGAAGAAACCAGCAACGUCCACUCAGAACUUAAUAGGGCAGAAGGUAUCCCCCCAGAUGGAAUUAACACCCGCUGUGAAGCAAAGACGUCUCAAAAACAUGCAGGAAAUGUUCCCUGAGAUAUCUUAUACGCUUAUACAAAAGACAUUAGUAAAACAUGGCUGGAAUGAAGAACGGACGAGAGACGAGCUUCUGAGAUAUGAUCCUGAGAGUGAUGAUGCGAAGCCUUCUACUGUUGCCUUCUUUGGAUCCAGACCUGGUUUCUCUGGUCAGAACAAUCACUCCAAUGGCAUGGGUGUCAUGAGAGUGACCAGUGGUCCUGCACAGGUGAAGGUUGUCAGGAAACCAUUGGGUGCGAAGGGAGGCCGGGCUAGAAGAGGCAGCAGUGGUAGUGAAGAUGAUGAUUACGGAGUCAAGAAAGGGAAGGAUGACAGGGUAUAUGACAGCGACGAUUCAGACAAUGAGAUCACAGACGAUCUUGUUGGUGACAAGCGAAAGGUGUUCGAGUUCCUGAACAACAGCAACUUUAACGAACUCUCCAUGCUGAGUGGCUGCUCCCAGAAGAAGGCAGAGGCCAUCAUCGCCCAACGACCCUUCAAGGGCUGGCUUGAUAUGGUGGAGAAGUUUAACAGCAACAAGAUGUUGAGCACAGAGCUGCUAAACUCGACCCAGGAGUUGUUGGCGACGAGGAACAACAUACAGCGGCUGAUGAAGAAGUGCGUGGGGCUGGCGCAGCAGUUAGAAGCCGCCGUGGCCGCGGGCGCUGGUCGGCUGCAGCAGCCCACUAUAUUGGAUCCUAGCUUAAAACUAGCCCCAUACCAGCUGGUAGGGCUGAACUGGCUCGGUGUGCUACACAAGCAAGGCGUGUCCGGCAUCUUGGCUGAUGAGAUGGGUCUAGGCAAGACGGUGCAGGUGAUAGCGUUCCUGGCUCACUUGAAGGAGACCGGCCAGGCUCGGGGCACGCACCUUAUCGUGGUCCCUGCUUCUACUCUCGACAAUUGGAGCGGCGAGUUGGCUCGGUGGUGUCCAACCCUGAGGGUGUCUCGGUACUACGGGCACCCUGAGGAACGCAGACAACUGAGGGUAGAGUACGCCAGACAUCUAGACAACUAUGACAUCGUGCUUACCACAUACACAAUGGUGAACAGCUGCCCCGAGGAGCGCAAGAUGUUCCGCAUCACCCCGAUGCACUAUGUCGUGUAUGACGAGGCGCACAUGUUGAAAAACAUGUCCACGCAAAGAUACGACAACCUGCUCAAAAUUAAGUCAAAACACCGGCUCCUGCUAACGGGCACGCCGCUACAGAACAACCUUCUGGAACUGAUGUCUCUUCUGUGCUUCGUGAUGCCGCACAUGUUCUCCGGCAAGACGGACGACCUCAAGAGCUUGUUCCAGAAGAACGCUAAAUACAAAGGCACCAAAAAAGGCGACGGUAACCCAGAAGACGACGUGCCAGCAUUUGAAAAGAGUCAGAUAACCCAAGCCAAGAGGAUUAUGAAGCCGUUCGUGCUCCGACGACUGAAGAGGGACGUCCUUCAAGACUUGCCCAAGAAGACCAACCACACGGAGCUCUGCCCCAUGUCUCAGAGACAGGAGAGACUUUAUAAGGACCUGUGUGCUGGCUUCGCGGCUAACGACGGCACGAUCCACGCGACGACAGAACAGAGCGGCAUGUCGAUGAUGAUGGACAUGAGGAAGCUGGCCAACCAUCCGCUGUUGCUGCGGUACCACUACACCUCAGACAUCGUGCGCAAGAUCGCCGGGCGGCUGGCCCGCGACCCCGGAUACAAGGAGAAAAACGAACAGUACGCGUUUGAAGACCUCAUGUGCCUCUCAGACUUCCAGAUACAUCAGCUCACGUUGACGCACCCGUGUAUAUCGUCAUUCGGCGUGCCGGAGCACCUGAUCCUAGAUUCUGGAAAGUUCGAGAAGCUGGACGAGAUGCUGCCGCGGCUGAAGAGUGAGGGCCACCGCGUGCUGGUGUUCAGCCAGUUCACCAUGAUGCUGGACGUGCUGGAGCCGUACCUGCGGGCCCGCCACCACCGGUACCUGCGGCUCGACGGCUCCACCGCCGUCGUUGACAGACAAGAACUAAUAGACCAGUACAACUCGGAGGACAUCUUCGUGUUCCUUCUGUCGACUCGCGCGGGCGGGCUGGGCAUCAACCUGACGGCCGCCGACACCGUCAUCAUACACGACAUCGACUUCAACCCAUACAACGACAAGCAGGCUGAGGACAGAUGUCACCGGAUGGGCCAGAAGCGCGAGGUGACGAUCUACCGGCUGCUGAGCGCUGGCACCAUCGAGGAGGGCAUCUACCAGGUCGCGCAGGAGAAGCUGAACCUCGAGAAACAUGUCACUGGACAGGAUGAAAACGAGCCAGAACAGAAGAACGUGGUCCGACUUCUAUCCGCAGCGCUGGGACUGACGUCACCCAACAAAUGAUCCUCAAUACCGCAGUGAUUGUGAACUUAUACUGUGACUGUGAAUAUGUGAUUGUGAUACGCUAGCUGUGGACUGAGUGAGGUUAGGGAUGAUAGCGGUUGUGCUGUGGUGAGUGGUAAUGUGAUUGUGACCUACUACAUACAGUACUAGUUAGUAGCUAACGCGUCAUGAUACAGCGGUUCCGAUUCUGGCAGACACCCUAAAACUCCUGGCACUUCUUAAACUAGCUCCAUCUCUGUCUUGUAGUUACUGUAAGUAAAAGACAGCGCUACUCGAAAAUUUGUCUAAUAAGAUUGAAUUUGUGUUCGCCAGAAUAUGCACAACAAACACAAACAAACACGAACAGCCAAAUGUAAGGAAAGAGUUAAAGAGGCUCGCUACUAGAUGGCGCCACAGAGACGUGAGGUCUGAAAUAUUAAGCUUGUUCUAGACACUGCGAAUCGGUUUGUAGAAGUUCUCACAGGAUCAUUCGCCUGGGCAAAACGCCGACGGAAAUCGCAGAAAAAGGCGCGAAACCGCGGAUACACGAUUCGCGGAGUAAAAGUAGACCGAACACUAGGGAUUUAUAGAAUUAAAAACAGUUUUCAGUUAUUUGAUUAUACAAAUUAUUGUUUCAUAUGCAUAUUAGUGUGUUAAUUUUGAAAUGCCAACAUUUUGUUUUUUUUUAACUACAAUGCCAGUCGUGCGGCCGCUACUGUCGCUCUCGCAUCGGACUUUACAGCCAUUUUAAAAGCUGCCACAGAAACGCUGUUUGAAUCAUCUGAUAAAGAUGUAAAAGCCUGAGAUGAUGAUGAAUUUUGAAAUGAUGCUGUCUCAUAUUUUUAAGGCCAUAAAAUAACGAAUACAUUGAAUAAACUACGAAAGAUUACACAAGAUAGUAUAUUUUUCCACUGCUAGGUAACCUAAUAAAUAGUUUUAGUAUCUAGUAAAUAGAUGUAGAGCUGGCUCUAAUAUAUAUUAUUAUCAUAAUAACAGUCACAUACCACACACUACAGCAAAAUUUAAGAAACUCUUUAAUUAAAAACGCACAGAAUUAGGCUAGUAGCAGAAUUGACACUGUACAGUGAAAUAAAAACUAAAAUAUACUGCCAUGUAUUCAUGAGCAAUAUCAUGUACCCACUUUAGAACCCUGUCGCACUAUCAUAUUUGACAUUUAAUGAGACUUACAGUUUAAUUUGUCAAAAAAGUUAAUGUGACAUGGUUUCAAAGUGUAUACAUAAUAGUACUCUUGACCGUACUCCCAGCCUUGUUUGUUACUAUGAUAAGAAUAAUAGCUUCAAUUCUCCAUAAAUUAAGCUUAUUCUACCCGUGAUAAAAAAAAGCAUUUGUGAUUUUAAAUAAAAUAUUGCCACUUAAGCAUUUGA